AUGCUUAAGCUUUUAUUCUUUAACCGCGAUAUACUUUUUAUAUACCUUGAGACGGUAUUUAAAGGUAGCGAUCAAGCGAAAGUGGGCUUGAAAAGGGCGGAGAACGCAAGCUGCAAGCUCGUCGAUAAAGCCCGCAACCGCUACGUUGUCGGCGUUGUAUUUAGCGUAAGAGUCCGACAGUCAGUUGCAAAGAAUCAAACUGUUUCGCUUAGCUCUUCAGGGACUCGUACGGCGGCUAGGUAUUAUAUACUUAGGCUUCGGCGUAAGCUCGGUAUAGGCCGAUGGUUCGACAUCGGCGUGAAAGUCUCACACUGCUCUCACGCUAUUGGUUCGCUUAAGGAACACCUCUCUGUCCACACCCUUCCCCCUUCCAUUCAAGGUGCGCUAAAGGUGCCAGCAGUUCAAGUGUCUAAAGAGUUCAAGGGAACAGACUCGUGGAACGCAUGGGAAGCAAGUCUUAUUACCGCCACCUCUGAAUACCGUCUCAAGGUACAUAAAGAGUGUAUCGCGGUCAAGGAACAAGAGCUUAAGCAUCUCGAAUCCUUGGCCGACGAUAAAGCAGCUGAGACUGCAAAAGAACUCACGAUUAAGAAGGUCACCGAAUCACUCGGCCCUUCUUUUUCAAGUACGGCAAACAAAUCGAACGAUUAUCUCAGAGAUGAGACUCGUACGUGCUCGCAACUAGGUGUGACUUGGCUCCGAAGGUCUUUUGGCCUCGGACUGAUGAAACAUCAAAAUGAGCUUGCCGUAAAGCUGAGUAAGCUGAAGCUUAAAGAGGAUACGGAUACCCACAUGAGCAAUUAUGGGGCAAACGAUAUCACUCGCGUAGUUGAGCUCGCGGUUGCCAAGGCCUUGAACAAGUCUGGUAAAGCGAAAAGCGCACCUCCGAAAGAUAGGUGCCAAAAAGUCCAACCCCAAGCCGAACAAGGCCAAGGGUGGCCCCAAACCAAAGAAACCCCAACCAAACUCAGGGAAGGGAGGAAAAGGAAAUGGGAGUGGGAAGAAGAAACCAAAGAAGAAUUAGCGGGAUUAGAUAAUCAGCUAGCUUCUCAAUCAAAACAAUUUCGGUUGAAUGAUUUGUCUUCUUACCCUCGCACGUGGUUUGAAAAACCCGUAGAUAUUAGAGCCCAAUGGUUACUACCCCAUAGUAAACCUGAAUAUCUUGAUAGUAUUUCAAGUACUCAAUCAGAUAUAUUUCAAGGGCCUAACGUAUUUCUCCCAGAAAAUAUACGGCAAACGCUAUCACUAAACGGGAAAUUUAUUUUACACGAUAAAAUGAGACCACAACUGGUACGCGAAGCUUGGCUAAAGCUCCAACGAUCUAUUAGAACUAAAUUCUACUUCAAAGAUCGACCAGUAAACCCAAGUUAUAUACCUCAGUUCCAUAUCAAGCAAGACGAUUGGGAUCCACCCAAAGCUUCUGAUGAAUUAGAGAGUGGGUUAAUAGAAAUCAAACAUGCACUGUAUAAACAGAUCAAUGCUUUGCCGAAGUUAACUCCACGCCAUAACCCCAAUUUGCGAGAUUUAAAGCAGUAUUUAACCGAGAAGAAUUACCUCGUUAAAAUAACUGAUAAAAAUCUGGGCUUAAGCGUUAUUUCGCUUGAUUGGUAUAAGGAACAAGUUGCAAUCCACAUGAGUAAUACGAAAGCGUAUACUCUACUAGAUUUCAUACCUAUAUCACUUGGUAAACAGCUAGAGGAAAUCUAUGAAUCCCCUUACUUGCCUGCUUCUAUUAAGAAGUAUAUUCGCGCUAGCACGAAUGAUUUGCCCACGUUCUAUGUGAUACCUAAGGUACACAAGCACCCGUGGGCCUCUAGACCAAUCAUCCCAAGCCAUAGCUGGAUAACGUCGCGGGUAGCGGAAGUAAUAGAUUACGCUCUACAACCAGAACUUCCUAACUUUCCAAGCGUUUUGACUUCGACACAAGAUUUCUUAACAAAGAUUAGAAAGGUCGAUUCCUUCGACGGGUGCUGGAUUGUAACAGGUGACGUUACAGCCAUGUAUACCAAUAUAGACCCUUUCCGGGCUAUCGAUUCGAUUAAAACAAUAAUCGGACGAGCGUCGAAAGGUAUUCGGAAGAGUGAUUUGACGAAGAUGAUGGAAUUCGUCUUAUUAAACAACUUCUUUAAAUGCCAAGAUAAGAUCUAUCAACAACGCAGUGCACCUACCGCUAAAUACAACGCCGACAACGUAGCGGUUGCGAGCUUUAUCGACGAGCUUGCAGCUUGCGUUCCCCGCCCUUUUCAAGCUUACUUUCGCUUAAUCUUCAAAGAAUGGUUCGAUAUCGGCGUGAAAGUCUUAUACUGCUCUUACGCUAUUGGUUCGCUUAAGGAAUACCUCUUUGUCCACACCCUUCCCUUUUCCAUUCAAAUAUAUAAAGAGUGUAUCGCAAUCAAAGAACAAGAGCUCAAGCAUCUCGAAUCCUUGGCCGACGAUAAAGCAGCUAAGACUAUAAAAGAACUCACGAUUAAGAAAGUCACCGAAUUACUCGGCUUUUUUUUUUCAAGUACGGCAAACAAAUCGAACGAUUAUCUUAAAGAUAAGACUCUUGAGCUCGCGGUUGCCAAAGCUUUGAACAAGUCUAGUAAAGCGAAAAGCGCACUUCCGAAAAGUGCUAAAAAGUCUAACCUUAAGCCGAACAAAGCUAAAGGUAGCCUUAAACCAAAGAAACCUUAA